AAUAAUCCUAAUAAGAUGGAUUUGGCAAAUAUUAAAAGACCAUUGAAAACUUUUUCAGGGAACGGCAAUGUUGACCAUCCUGGUACUUCUGCUGUUUUGGUUGGCCCCAUGCACUGAGUCUGCGGUCCGGAUUGGAGGUAUCGAGACCCAAGCGGGUUAUGCGGUGCUGCAGGGUGAGCCUCUCAACAUAAUUGAGAGUUUCUCAGAUUUGAUCUACGUAAUAGAUGAAGAUCGUUCUCCUAUUUCAUCGACAAAUGAUUCUGAUGAGUCAUCAGACCUCGAAGGUAUUACAAAUGUCAAUAAUAACUGCCUUAAUACUGAAUCUGUUCCGGAGGAAAAUAUCAUAAACAUUGAUGCAAAUGGUUGCAAAAUCUCCAGUACCAGUAAAGAUAAUAACAAAGAAAUGGUUUAUCCAACAUCAUUUGAACCAAAGCGAAUUUGCAAAUCUUUACACAAAGGCAAUUUUAGAAACAAUAAUGCACUUUAUUCAUUAGAAACUCGUAUCCACCAACUGGCUGAUAAAUCUAAUGUACCACAAAAUGUUCUCUUGCAACUAAUCGAAGCUGGCCAUUUAGAAGUACAUACCGAAGAAGGUAAGAAAUAUCCAUUAGAAAUUUCAUUGAAAUAUUUCAGAAUCUAGGAAAUUACACAACAA